AUGCAUACUCAAGUAAACAACGAGGAACUGGCUGACAGAGGACAUGGGAGGAAUUUGGACAUACCUCAAUGCUUCUGUCAAUUAGACGCCUCGUUCGCAUACUCCGAAGAGUUUGGUCUACUUUACGAAUGUCACUGGAUGCAUCACAAGGUUGAAGACGGUAAAAGUGAAGAACCGAGCGAAGAACGAACUGAUGAUAAUGACGCUAAAAGCACAGAACAAGUACCAGAGAACGAGUCUCUAAUAACAGGGAACGAGAGUUCUGAUAUAAACACUAAAUCAAGCAAAAGCGAUUACGUUUGUGGUUUCCAUGUUCACAAAGAUGCCUGGGAUAGUUUCUUGGCAGGCGAAAUUGAUCCCAGACAUCCUGAGCUCAGUGUAUGCCCAUACUUCAACUAUACCUUCUGCGUAUUCUUUGAAGAGAGAAACACCUACAAACUUGCUUUUCCGCCAACACCGAAAUGUCACUGUGGAUUUCCUGUUACGAUUCGAUAUUCUCAUACUCAUUUUAAGUAUAUGUUUGGUUGCGAAUUUUAUCCAAUCGACGGGGCAAAACCGAAAUGUGAUUGGCAUGCCUGGGCAAUAUCUGUAGCGUUUCCGAAACCCGUAGAUAGUAUUCAUCCAUUGACAAACCAGAUUCCGGCCAAUGUAUUAGAAUCAAUAAACGCUGAACAUAGCUCUUUCGAUGAACGUUUCACCAGGAAGACAGAAUUAAUUGACGAGACAUACAAUAUAGAUCAGAUUGAGAAUCAUACGUCAGUGAGAGAAGGAGGGCUACCGGAAAAAAUGCGUAAUAACGGAAGAACAAUUUCAUAUCGCCUAGAUUCACGUCGCGAUCCUCCACGAAAGCUGUAUAACGGUUACAGUAAGUCGGAUCGACAUUCCAAUAUCAAUGGCUUCGCUGGGAAGCGUUCCAGAUCUAAUAGCGGUUUCGAUCACUCUUACACAAGAGAAAAACAUGGUGGCUUUAAAUUUACUAGCCGCGGAUAUUCUAAUUUUAAUAAUUCGACUAAGCAAUCACAGCCUUCCACGAAGAUCUCUGAUAUGUCUCAAACUAUGGGUGAAGCCGGAUGGGGUCAGCAGAAUCGGCGGUGUUUAGAAACUGGGUUGGACGCCGGGAUAUUAUGGGGUAACGGAAUACAAAAUCCAAAUAGAUCAAACACAAAUGAUGCGAAUCACAACACACAACCCGGUAGCAAUUCUAUGCGACAUCCUCACAAAGAAGAACAACCUAGAAAGAAGUGUCCAGAUGAUGAUGCAAUGGAAGAUGAAGCCAUAGAAUUCCGUAGGAAAGCGAUGGUAUCUCAAGGCACCUGCCGAAAUCAUAAGGAUUCGAUAGAGGAUGACCAACACCAACAGAACACAAGAGGUAACCCCAAUGUCCGUCAUGGGUAUGAACGAGAUACAUUCUUUGAUUCAAUAUUUACGGAAAAGCCUCGUCCUGAUGCGCAUGCAUUUGAAUGUCCUGCGAACACUUAUACCAAGGUUAAACCGCUCAGGAUCUCAAUCCCGUUGUCAUCGACAUCAAGCACACCAAACUCUGCAUCAAAUACGACUUAUUCGAAUUUGAGAUAUUAUUGCGUGAUGAACCAGUUUUCACAAACGCGUCCUUGUUUUAUUUACGAGCAGUCUAACGUUAUUUCGAGUGCAGCUAUGGACCGUCAACAUCAGCAAAUGCGUGAUUUAGACGAUGAGAUUAAGUUUUUAGAAAAUAAAAUAUCAAGCAUGAAGACCGAGAGCGUGCGGCAGAAAAGAAUGCAAGAGAACGAAAUGGAUAGGGAGAUAAAUUUACGACAAUCAUGCCAGAGGAAAAUUAUUGAAUUAGGCGACAUAGUGGCAGGGCAAAAAGCGAAGAUACAAGAGUUAUUAAAGAAGAUGGAGAGCGAUAAAAAGGAAAAAGCAACGGCGAGUAUGAAGUGUCGCGUGUGUUUUGAAGAGACUAUAACGCAUGCCGUUGUACCAUGUUAUCAUUUAGUCAUGUGUGCUAGAUGUGUGCAUGCUGUGGAAAGAUGCUGCGUAUGUAGAAGGGAAAAAGAAGAUGUUGUGAGAAUUUACUUUGGAUAG